AUGGAAGAACCGACCUACGAUCCGAGCCGUCCUCUUGCGACUACCACACUCGUCUACCAAUACAAGCUGGUCAACUGCCCUGGAAAGUCUACUGUGGGCCUGCUCGUCGAGUACCCUCCAGAUGGAGCCACGCCUCCUCACCGGCAUGGAGGAGCCUCCGUGUCUGCGUAUCUGAUCAAGGGUUCCGUGUUGAACAAGAUGAACAACGACCCGAUGAAGGUGGUCGAGCAGGGCGGAUCGUGGUAUGAGGCUCCAGGGUGUCAUCAUCGGAUUAGCGCCAACGCCAGCAAGACUGAGCCAGCGGCGUUUUUUGUGAACUUCGUUCUCGAUACUGAGACGCUGGAGCGAGAGGGACCAGCUGUUCUGGUGCAGUACGAUGAGGAGUAUAAGGAGAUUGUCGCCCAGAAGAUGAAGGCAUGA